AUGAACUCGAGAAACGAAACCACCAAAUUCGAACCUUUAACAACCUCUUCAUUAAUGACAGAACUAGAAUCAGCUUCUUUACUCGAGGAAAGUGAAACCUAUCAUACUUCAAUAUCUGGCUCAAGUGGCCAAGAAAUACUGCUGAAUUUACUAUCCAACUCUUUAGACACAUCAAUCAUUGACAAUGAGUGGUCAAAGGAUUACUUGAACCGAUUGGCAUCUCUUUCGCUUGAAUCGUUAAAACACGAACCAACGUUGAUAAAAGAAGAAGAAACAAAAAUUCAAUCGGAGUUGGCGGAACUUUCAUUUCGUGAAUAUAAGUCAUUUAUCCAGGCAAGCGAAUGUAAAUCGAAUAUCCAGAAUUCUCUUGAAAAUUGUAAAACGCAUUUAUCAAAGUUAUCCAACGCGAUACCGAUUUUCGAAGAGAAUUGCGAGUCUUUUAUUAUAGAAACCGAAAAGAUCAUGAGACAGCGAACAAAAAUAAACACGAUAAUAGAACAGCAUGGAAAUCUCUUGGAUAUUCUGGAGAUACCACAACUGAUGGACAUUUGUGUACGAAAAGAGCUCUAUUCUGAAGCGAUAGAUUUGUCAGCACAUGUAACGCGUCUAAUAGCGAGAUACCCGAAAGUUCAGAUAAUUCAGCGAAUUGAGAAUGAUGUCAAAGAUACAAUGCAAUUGAUGUUGUCAAGGCUGAUUGCACUGUUAAGUGAACCGAUAAAAUUGCCUAGUUGCUUGAAAGUUAUUGGAUAUUUACGAAGAAUGGAGGUGUUUGAUGAGGCGGAAUUGAGGCUUGUAUUCCUGCUAUCAAGAGAUUCAUAUUUACAAUUAAUGAUUAAAGGAAUAGACAAUGAAAAACGAUAUCCAAUUCAUUAUCUAAAGAAAUAUAUAGACAUUUUUCGAGAACAUUUUUUUGAUAUAGUGACACAAUAUCGUUCCAUUUUUUCAGAUGAUGGAAUUUCUUCUGCGCUUGGUUAUUCUACCCCUUCUACGCCGACCUCACCUUCUUCCCCUAGAAUACCAUUACUACUUUCUGAUUACACUGCACACAUUCUUGGACAUUUGACCGGUACUUUAGCAGAGUUUAUACCUUUAAUUUCGGACACUUCUUCUCUUUCUUCAAUCCUCACUCAGUUGAUGUACUGUGGAAUGUCGCUUGGGCGAGUUGGUGUGGAUUUUCGACAUCUGGUGACUGAAUACUUUGAAAUAGCAGUGUUAAGAAUAAUCAGAACAAUGAUCUCGGAAACAACAAAUGAUUUCAUAGAACAAUUUGAAGAUGCUAUGAGGAAAGAACAUUAUUCAAGUUCAUGGAUGAUUGAUGAAAAGAAAACAUCGUUAUCAAGCUACAUGGAUUCAGUUCCCUCUUUACGUACAGUGGCCUCAUUUACCACAUCAUCUGUACCCUCUUCUGCCUCCUCUUUUACCCCAUUAGUUAUCUUGAUGGAUUAUCCGCCGAUAGGACACUUGACUAAUGGGUAUCUUAGUGCUUUCAAUUCGCUUCGUUUACUGGCACCCGUAUCAUUAUAUCAUCCGCUUGGUUCUCACCUUUCCAACAGUCUUGCGUCGAUAGCAGAUGUAUUACGUCGAUACGGUGAUAAGCUUAUUGAAGGUCAACAUAAUACUGUGAUUAUGCAAGUUUUUUCUGCUACUUUUGCAAAGAUUUUCGUGCCAUACAUCACAAGAUGCUAUGUGGAUGGGGUGUACGGUGGUUUGAUGAUGAAAGUAAGCGGAAAUGAUGAUGAGACUUUAAUCGAAGAAUCUAAUGGUGUGAAUGCUUUCUCUAUUGUUAAUCAGGCUUACAUUUUGGAUGCGCUUAAAGACUUUUUGUCUAUCGAGCAUCAAAAGAGAUGA